AGCAAGCACAAGAUGCUAAUAUGUUGGCUAAUAUACAUACAUUACAAAAUAUUAAAGGCCAUAGACUUGGUAGUAUACGCAAAGAAGAGCUAGAAAAAAAAAUACACGACGCUAUCAAGUCCAAAGCCAAAAUUAAUAAGCUU